GUCAAUGCAACACUGGUGCUGUGCAAAAUACCAACAAACGAGAACCGAAGAAAAAAGGGGGAGUCAACUAAGAAAGCGAAAAUCAGAAAAAUUAGUUGGAAACUUAUCUGGACAAAAUUUGAGCGUAAUUUUUUGUAAAAAUGGAAUACGAAAGCGUUUUGAUUGUGAAGCCGGAGGUAUUUAUUUACAAAAUCCCACCACGCGCCAGCAACAGAGGUUACAGAGCUGCAGAUUGGAAUCUUGGUGAACCCACAUGGACUGGCCGCAUGCGUUUGGUGGCCAAAGGCACAGCAUGCAAUCUUAAGCUGGAAGACAAGACGACGGGUGCGCUUUUCGCCAAUUGCCCAAUUGAUACAUAUCCUGGUGUUGCUAUAGAGGCGGUUUCAGACAGUUCCCGUUACUUCGUAAUACGUGUGCAGGACGAUAACGGUCGCUCCGCCUUUUUGGGUCUAGGUUUUGGUGAUCGUUCAGAUUCAUUCGACUUAAAUGUAGCAUUGCAGGAUCAUUUCAAGUGGGUGAAAAACCAGGAACAAAUUGAAAAAGAGAAAACGGAGCCCAAACAACAGCUCGAUUUGGGUUUCAAAGAAGGCGAAACUAUCAAAAUUAACAUGCGAAUAACAAAAAAAGAUGGUUCGGAGGGCACUGCACGCACUGGCAAAGCUAAACCUUCUUCUGGUAUUUUGCCUCCACCGCCAGGUGGCAUCGGCAAGAUUGCACCACCACCUUCGGGAGCCGGCGGUUCAGUGCGACAAAGUCCGGGUACAUCGCCUGCACACAAAGCACCUGGCAGUGCAGGCACCGAAUGGACGGAUUACGCCUCAGCAGGUGGCCAAGGCCAGGCACAACAGCAACAGAAUACUACAAAUGCAAAUUGGGUGCAAUUCUAAUUAGGUUUAAACAAAUAUUUACAUGCAUACAAACAUAACUCAUUCAGAUACACCUACAUAACUGCAAAUGUGUAAUACAUACAUGCAUGUAUGCGCAUUUGUAUGUACGUUAAUAACAUACUAAAGCUAGCAGGAUAUAACGACAAGCGAAAAAUUAAAAUUAAAAAAAAAAAAAUAAUAAAGCUUUUGGCCAGAAUCGUACUGCAUAUAAUUUAUUGCAUUCAUGUUAGUAAUAUUUUGCGCGGGUAUAUAUAUAAAUAUAUGUAACAGUAAACAUACGAUAUCGACAAUUUAACGAAAUUUAUGAAAUUAGCAAAAAGUUUAAACGGUAAUCAAACCAGUUUAUGGUAUAGCGAAAAUGUAAAAGAAAAGAAAAAGCGUGGCAAAUGUGUAUGUAAAACUUGUUAAUGUAAUAUAAAGUAAAAUAUUAGAGUUCAGUUUAUUAGUAAAAUUAUAUCUUAAUUAUACAAUAAAAUUUUUGGAAAACCAUACAUAUAUACAUACAUAUACACGAAGAAUUAUAAUAUUAAGCUGAUUAAGAAAUUCAAUUAACAAACUUCUCUGAUGUAGCAUUAACAUGGCAUUAAUUGUAAAUUUGUGUUAAAAAUAUUAACUUACUUUUUGUGAAGUAUUUCAAAAAUGUGUGCGAUUUCAAAAAUUAGUUAAAUUCGUUUGGUAAGUCAAAAGUACUAACAUUAUGAAAUGUACUUACAUCAUUUGCGUCGAUUAUAUUCGCCUUAUACAAUACAAUUUUUUUUUUCUUUUUUAAUUCACAUUUGCAUACACAUUCCAUUUUGUAUUAUUGUUGGUUUGACGAUUGUCUUUUAGCACGAAUUAUGUUUCAAAAAAAACAUAUAGCUUAUUAUUCUAGUAUUUUCAAAAACUAUGUGAUCUUUUGUUCGGAAAUAAAUUGCGUUUGUAUUGAGCGAUACAUAUUUACGUGCUUAAAUAAUUUACGUGAUGAAUUGCACGCCAUCCACCAUUAUGACUGUAAUCAACUGAAAAUUGUAUUAAAUGUAAAAAAGUUCAUUAUAGAAUGUCGCAGCAUAGCCUAAAAUGUAUUUAUAUGAAGCGCGCGUAUUUAGAUUGUUCAGCGCUUUUGCAAUUACGUAGUGCGUGAAUUUAUUGAAUUUAGUAUUUUGUUGCAUAUUGAAAAGAAGCUCUUUGAGACCCCAAUAAUCGAUUGAAAACUGUUUGCAAAUGGCAAUAAUUGUUUCUAUAAACUCAUCAAUUACUAAUUUCAAAGUAACAAGUUUAAAGCCUCAAAAUCUAGCAAAUAAAUGUGAAAAAAUAUA